AUGCUAAAGCGCGUCGGCCUCGGCGAGAAGCUCGUGCAAAGCCGGGAUUGGUGGCGCGAUGGUCGUGGUCUGCUGGCCGUGCAGCGAGCUCUCGCUGUCAAUGCAGCAAAGUCGUCGCCGCGGGUCUCGCCUGUUGGGUCACAAAUAGAUUUGCUUGGCACGCCACAGGUGUCAGCAAGACGGAUUCAGCCAGGCGACGUUGAAGUGCGGGAGGCUCCCACAGGCCCGUCGCGAAUACAGGAGAUGGGCGCAACGCCUGCAGUGGAGCGUCCGAAGCCGGCAGAGCAGAUCUCAACGAAAGAGCCGCAGCAAGAAGACAGGCAAACAGAAACACAUGAGGAGUCUCAGUCACUCGAAACCGACCUUGACAGCAGACUCGACGAAAGAUCUGUUCUGCCCGCUUCGCCUUUCCGAGGCUAUCGUGAGCGACGAAGACUAGGACAGCUAGCGAAAGAGAGCUGGCAGGCUUGGCAGCAGGAACAUGGUGUGACGCUGGGGCAGCUGCAGCGCGCAACAAUCCCCAGACAGGGCUCGAGUUUGUCCGGGCAGCACAACACAACGAACAGCACUGAGCCAGACCAGCCAGUCAAUCCCUGCUUUGAUGAGUGGCCUGCUGCAGAUGCAGCGCGCGGCUCCGAGGCAAGUCGAACACGAGAUUUGUUGACACACGUCGGCGACGGCGGUUGUAGCAGCAUGCAAAUCGGGACUGACACCAGUCGAGAGUCCAAGCCAAGCAUACCCCAGGCCAGCAACCUGCAGCAUCCAGCCCAGGCACGGCGGUCACCACCGUCCGAAAGCAAGCAUUCAGCAUACGAAGCCUUGCAGCGAUGCGAGGAAAGCCUUCAAGGAACCCAGACGCAGGCAAAGAAGCAUGCAGAGCCGGCCCAGACCCAGACGACUCCUGAGAGCACCUUUGUGGUUCACCGGGGUCACAAGCCAAUGGUCAGACACUUCUCAUACCCCAUGGCGCCGAAGGGGGACAAGGCCAAGAAGGCGGAGAAGGCCGCAAAGGCAGUGAAGGGCACCGUGAGCAAGAAGGCGCGAAAGGUGCGCACCAAGGUCCGAUUCUACCGACCGAAGACUUUGAUCAAAGCACGCGACCCCAAGUACCCGCGCAAGUCGGUCGAAUCCCGGGGCGACAAGCUCGACAAGUACCGCAUCAUUCAGUGCCCUGUGACCACCGAGUCGGCAAUGAAGAAGAUCGAGGAGAUCAACACCCUCGUGUUUCUGGUGGACCUCAAGGCAACCAAGCCCAAGAUCAAGGAGGCUGUCAAGCAGCUGUAUGACGUGAAGUGUGCCAAGGUGAACACGCUCAUCCGGCCAGACGGGCUCCGCAGCUGCAUUUGGAAGAAGAAGGCAUACGUGCGCCUCACGCAGGACUAUGAUGCCCUGGAC